AUGGACAUCACCGCCCCUCACACACUCCCACUGGCAGAGGUCAGCCAUUUUGAAGAAUGGUUUAGAGUAGCUAUGACGUGGAAAACGGGAAAGAUUUACAGAUGUGUAUCCCCAGCCAAAGAAAAAAAGUUCGAUGGGAGCAAGGGAGAACUGGUAGGACUCUUAACACCGCCGGCUUCUCCCUUGAAGCCAAAGUCUCCAUCUUUCUUGGACUCUCCAGUGUCGACCCGAAAAAGCUCGAUCACAUCUUCUCUGGUCUCACCUGUCUCUGAAUCAUCGUCGUUGGCCCCACUGUGCCUGACGCCACCAAUGGUAGUUACACUGCCCGAUUCAAAUUUAGAAAUUGAUUCAAAGUCUACUUUAUUACAGGCAGCUGAUCUCCCCGCUUGUCCCAACUCGGAACCACGCAUACUUACCCCUCCUUCUCCUCCUCCAGAGAAAGCGCCAGUAUUCGAGAACGAGUUCUACGAAGUCAAAACUUCCCCAAAGGGCGGUCUAGGUUGUUUUGCCAAAGUGGAUAUUGAGUCUGGAACUAUGAUUCAUUCCGAGGAACCUUUGUUCUUAUCUUCAAUGGUGCAAAUCUACUACAACUUUGAACAGUUGACAGCGGAAAAACAAGCCGCCUAUCUGAAGUUGCAUUAUUGGCAUGGUCUUGCUGCUCACAAGAUUCUUGCAAUUUUUCAGACUAAUCGUUUUCAUGUACCCGGCGGCAAAUCUGGGAUCUUCCUGAAUUCUUCUCGUUUUAAUCACGCCUGUCCUGGUUUCUGCAAUUGCACUUAUGGGUUUCGUAAAGAUAUCAAUAAAAUGGUAUUCACAACCCUCAGUGACAUAUCAAAGGGUCAAGAAAUCACAAUUUCUUAUGCUAAUGUACCCACUAAUUUGUAUCAAAACUACGGAUUCUUUUGCGAUUGUCCAGGAUGUCCUCCAGGGAGUUUCGCGUCUAAAAAAUGGGAAUAUGAGAAUGAUCUGAGAAGACAGGCGGAGAAGCCAAUUGACAACACGGUCGAUCUCGAGCCGGAACCGUAUCCAGGGAAUGAAGUUGAGGAGUGGGAGAGUGCGAUGUUUGAGUGGUAG